UCGCUAUGAUUAUGCAGUUCCUCUAGUUUGAUUUUGUAAAGAUUUUGUGUGGAGAAAGCUGUGUUGCUUCGAAGAGCUGAGCUGCAUCACUUUUGGGGUGAUCGAGGGUGGCGUAAAUGCUGUCGUAGUUCUGUAUGACGAGAGGCGGCUGGAAUGAGUGAUCUACUGAAGAAACCAGCCGUGCACAGCACAGCUGGUGCUGUUCCUGUGCAAAAUGACAAAGGUGAAGUGCGUAUGGAGAAAGUGAAAGUCAGUCGUUACAUAGCUGGAAAGAGGCCAUUGUAUGCCGCAGAGCAAAGUUCCUCGUCCGAAGAAGACGACGAGGAGCUUCAGCGAGCCGAGCCAAUUGUUCGCGGAAAGGUGGCCGCAGCUCCGGUUGGUGAUUCAGACAGUGAAGAUGCGGGCCGCCUAGUAGCUGAUGAGCUUGGGGAGGAAGAUGAUGAAGAUGAGGUGUCGGAAACCGAGAUGGCGCGCCGUGUGGAGCUGUUGCGCGCACGAGUUCAACAGCGCGCCAGCCAGGCUGACGGAGAUGAGGAUAGUGAUGAGGAUGAUGAUAUUCCCAUUGAGCGUCACGACACGCGCACUGUUGUGUCCAGUGGUGAAAGUGACGAUGAGGACAUGGAUGACGAGGCAAUGGAGAAGCGGCGAGAACUCCUGCGGCAGCGCGCAAGGGAACGGAACGCUGAGGAGGAAGUGUUACAAGUCGAGGAGGAGAAAUUCGACGAAGAUGAGGAGGAGGAAGAGUCCUCUGAAUACGAAGAAUACACCGACUCUGAAGACGAGACAGGACCCCGGUUAAAACCGGUGUUUGUGAGAAAAACUGACCGACUUACUAUUGCUGAAAAGGAGAACAUGGAGAAAGAGCGCCAGGAGGCGGCAACAGAAGCAAAGAAGCUGUCAGAUGCGAGAAAGCGUGACUCGAGGAAGUUGGUGGAGUUGACCCUGCAAGACGAGCUCAAUGAGGAGCAGAAGGACAUGGACUCUGGUAUCAAUAUUAAUACUGAUGAUGAGGACGAGGAAGCUGAGUUUGAAGCGUGGAAAGUGAGAGAGCUGAAAAGAAUCAAGAGGGACAGGGACGAUCGAGAAAAGACUGAUAAGGAGCGUGCCGAGGCAGAGAAGGUGCGAAACAUGUCCGAGGAAGAGCGACGCGCAUACUUCCGUGCUAAUCCCAAGCAGGUGACCAACAAGGCACUCAAGGGCAAAGUCAAGUAUCUCCAGAAGUACUAUCACCGUGGUGCUUUCUAUUUGAAUGAAGAGGAGAACGUGUUGACACAGGACUUCCAUCAGCCGACUCUUGAGGAUCAUUUCGAUAAAACUGUUCUCCCCAAAGUCAUGCAGGUUAAAAACUUUGGCAGAACCGGCCGCACAAAGUACACUCAUCUUGUGGAUCAGGAUACAACAUCUUUCGACUCGCCCUGGGCCAACGCAGCCUACCAAAAGAAGAUGGCGUCAACCUCGCAGAUGUCUCAGUCCUUUGAAAAGCCCUCGGCGAAACGGAAGAAGGUCUAGUGAGAAUCCAGGUGCCUCCUAUGGCUAUGCUGGUACUGUGUGUAUGUGUGUGUGUGUGUAUAUAUGUGGACAAUUGAGUGGCUGCAGUGUUGACAUUGUUGCUCGUUGUUUUUGCCUGCAACAUGGGCUUUUGUACAAUAGCUGACUUCAUCUAAGUCAGCACUGUAUAUAAUAUUCAUCCAACGUUGUACUAUAAUUAUACUUUCCCCAUGCUAUACCUGUGCUCUCCCCCAUUGUGCAAUCGCUUUCUGUACUUCUUCAGUGUAUUUCCUGUGCUUGUACAUACAUAUACAUCAUGCUGGUCGUGGCUUUUCUCCAUUAUUUUAUUUGAGAAUUUUUUAGUAAUUUUCUGUGAUUCUGUAUUUGCGUCUGCCUUGUGUACUAAUAAACAAACUUUGAUGCAAUCACACAAAUGUUGUACUGUACUUAGCUGCAAUGAUCCGUAAUCAUUGGAUACACAUUUCUCUGUUAGAUUUUGAAGUCGUUAUGUGCAAAAUGAUGCUUCAGUAUGUGGUCUUACUGUAAACGUCAGCUAACGACUUGUG